AUGGCAAUUCAAAUUGAACUCUUUGGUUCAAAAAAAAAGCAAACGUGUGAGAAAAUAUGCCUUCAAAUUCAAGAAAUUGCUAAAAAGGGUGGCUCUGAAAAAGCCCUGCCUAAAGAAUAUAUUGUACAAAUGUUCAUUGGAGAUCUGCAAGAGAAUGUAGCCUUAUUAGUAUUGGUAAAAGAUCCUGAAACUCUGGAUGAUGCCAUCUCUGCUAUUAAAAAAAUAGAAGCCAGAAGUUAUUAUAGAAACAUUGCUGUGAGAAAAAAGGAAAAAAGCAAUAAUAAUUGGAGAAGUAAUAUAAAUGAGUUGGUGCAACAAAUCCAAGAAAUAAAGAUCAGCUACAAUAAACUUGCCACCUU